GCAGACCUGAAGGAGCGGGAGCAGAUGAGUGCUGCGGAGGUGGGCGUGUUUGUCCAGCGUCUCCGAGGCCUGAUGAAUGAGAUCGCAGCCUUCCCUGUGCCCACCAUUGCUGCCAUGGAUGGGUUUGCCUUGGGCGGAGGCCUGGAGCUUGCCCUGGCCUGUGACCUCCGAGUGGCAGCUUCCUCUGCUGUCAUGGGGCUGAUUGAGACUACUCGAGGACUCCUCCCAGGAGCAGGAGGGACCCAGAGGCUGCCGCGCUGCCUGGGGGUGGCCUUGGCCAAAGAGCUCAUCUUCACGGGCAGGCGACUGAAUGGGGUGCAGGCCCAUGAGCUAGGACUGGUGAACCAUGCUGUGGCCCAGAAUGAGGAAGGCAACGCUGCCUACCACCGGGCACGAGCACUGGCCCAGGAGAUCCUGCCCCAGCCAAAUGAAGUUUCUUCUAAUGAGUACCUGGUCUUGAAUUCUAGCAGUCUUGGGAACAAGACAAGCUCAGCCGGCGCCGCCAUCGCUGCGGCGCGCGACAGACGUCCCAGCUCUCACUCUCAGCGCAGCUGCGCGUGCCCCGCCCCCUCCCUUCGGCCCCGCCCCUCCCCUGGCCUCAGCCACGCCCCCUCCCUGCGGUCUCGGCUCGCCUCAGUCGUCGCCUGCUGGUCCGGGUUCUCGGUCUCCCGGAGUCCGUGUCCGCUGUGGUCGUCAGCCCCGCUCCGGUAG